GAUCGGAAGAUUUAGUUUAAUCACAUAUGUAUGCACUUUCCCUUUACACAGUUUUAUAAGUUGGCCUAAAGUUUUUGUACAAAAGCAAACAAAAUUUAUAUUUAUAAAUGAACUGCUCUGCAUCUUGUAAUGCCCUCUGUGGCGUGGGAACGCCGCGUCCGAACUUGCAGCGGUUAGUUUCCUAUGUCGAGCCGCAAGAGGACGACGAGGAGGAUAUGGUAGUGUGGUGCCGGGCAAAUCUGGAUUUCGCCUGCUCGCUCAGCGAGAUGCGCAUACGCUGUGGAGAGGCCGCCACUUAUCACCGAACACUGGGGGAUGUGGACCUGGCGCCUCACCCGUUGCUUAGCCGGCGAGACAAGCUCAUGAACAUUUGCCAGAAGGUCUGCUCAGCGUCAGAAGGGAAACCCAUCCCCGCCGACAUGGAGGUCGCCUGGCAGAAUCAUAGCAGCAUUGACUGCCUUGAUCUCCGCAAAGUGCGUGCUGAGAUGAAUUUUGCUGAUCAGAAGGUGGCCAAAAAUCUUGUGGAUCGCGUUGAGGUGCACCACAAGCCUUUGCAGACGGAGGAGGCGGAGCGAAGGAAAUUGACUAUGGUCAAGGCGAACUCCGCAAGAAACUUGACUAUUGCCAAGGAAACCUUAGCGGGGAAAUGUACUAUUGACAAGGCAACCUCCGCGAGGAACUUGACCAUUGACAAGGCAACCUCCACGAGGAAAUUGACCUUUGACAAGGAAAACUCCGCGAAGAUCUUGAUCAUUGACAAGGCAACCUCCGCGAGGAAUUUGAGCUUUGACAAGGCAAACUCCGCGAGGAACUUGACCAUUGACAAGGCAACCUCCGCAAGGAAAUUGACUAUUGACAAGGCAACCUCCGCCAGGAAAUGGACUAUUGACAAUGCAACCUCCGCGAGGCGUUCCUAUAUCCCAAAAAGGUAUGUCAGCGGGUAUAUUUCCAAAAGAAAAUCGGUCGGGAAAACGGAGUCCUUGUCGCGCGGUGCAUACAUGCCCGAUCUUGAGCUCAACCGCGCGAUAGGUCUGUCUGCAAGUCAACCAUUCAGAGGACAGCAUUGCCUUGUGUUGGAGAAGCUUCCCGACAUCGAGAUGGAGGAGGACAGAACCCAGAUCCCGAACUCCAGAAUCAGCGCCAGUGGCCGCAAGUAUGACGGCUCUUUAAUACCCACUUGGAGAAGUGCUGGAACUGGUGCGGAUCAGAAUUCGCAGACAAAAAGUUCCGACACCUUCAAUUCCUCCAAUUCCUUUGAGAGAUCCAGUCUGGUCAGCGAUUCCCAAGAAAAGGACAGAACUCAGAUGCCGAACUCCAGAACCAGCACCAGUGGCCGCAAGUCCGACGGCACAUCAACACCUAGUUGGAGAAUUGCUAGAACUGGUGCGAAUCAGAAUACGGAGGCAGAGAGUUCCGACUCCUUCGAUUCCUCCAAUUCCUUUGAGAGCUCCAGUCUGGUCAACGAUUCCCAAGAAGACCACGAGCUUUCCACGGCGGCAGGUCUGACGGCGGCCUUCAUCCGGCGACAUAUGCUGUUCCACCUCCUGGCCAGUAGGUUCGGAAGACGGUAUCUGCGCUAGCUACGUCGUAGCUGGGGUCGUAUGUGGUGCCACCUGCGACAGCAAGUUCUGUAAAUUGUAUAGUGUAUAUGUAUGUAUGGUAGUAGCCGAACUGCGAAGAAUUCCUGCGAAUUUCCAUAAAGUUCAAAGCAGUAUUUAAAUUUGCGACUAUCGAUUACAACUAGCAUUGUCGCCGAUGUGCAAUGCUCUUGAACGCUAACCAACACUAUCAUGCAAAUGGCAUUGUAUUGUGCAUUUACAAACAAAUUUUAUGUGUACGUUUUCACAAUUAUUUCGUCUUAAUUCAUUUUAGAGUCCGCCAAUUCAGGUAUGUAUGCAACAUGUCAUACUGCUUGCAGUCACUGCAUAACUCGCCAAGCACUUUAGUAAUACCACCCCACCACGUUUAAACGGACCGAAUGCGCGCGUCGGUGUGACCGCAUGGCUUAGCUGGCGAAAUACCGGCCGCCCAACUAAAAAUCCAUCAACUUGUAUUAACGUGUCAGACUCUGGCUAUGCAAUCGUAAUUGCAAAAUCUUAAAGUAGUGGCAAUAAAUUAGUUUUCCUCCUGCACAAGUCCAUCCAUAGGGUCGCAUCAUCCGCGCAGCGCUAGAAGUG